GAUCCAUAAAAGUAUCUAAACACUUGUCGCAGAAAUUUUUUACGAUCAUUUUACCUGUGCUAUAGAAAACUUUUUGGUAUUUUUCAUUGACGCUAUACCGAGAUACGACUAUUGUGAUUAUGUCGGCAAAAUCUGAAACCAACUUGAGGAUGUUACAUACGAGGAUCACAGGAUAAAACAUUAUAAAUUCUUGUUGGGAUUUUUGAUUUUAAUUGUCGCUACGACGAAAGAAGAAUAUUUUAGUAGAAGAUAAUUAAGAAUGGAAAGAAUCUGUUAGGUUCAAAGAUACGGUUGAUGAGGUUUUCGAAAAGUCAGAGGGUGCGAAACAGAUGUUUAGCCGCAGAAUCAAAUAACAGUGACAUGUCAUGUUAACAAUGUACUAAAUUUUAAAAGUGCCUCCCUGCAAAGUUUGGAAAAUAUUAUGACGUGGCGCGGUUUAACCGAGCCAACGGAAGGGCACAGACGUAGGUACGGAUGAAGCACAAGAAGGGUAACCUGGACGAGGAGGAGGAGGAAGAAGACGAAGAAGGAGAAGGAGAGGAAGAAGACGAAAUCGAAGACGACGAGAAGCAGGAACAGCAAGAAUACAAACGGGACAAAGGAGGAAGAAGAAGAAGAGGUUCGCGUGGAAAGAGAAGCGAGAGAUCGUUACGUUUAGCCGACGUGUCGGUGUGAUCAUCGGCUGGUACAUUUGAUGCUAAGUGAAAAGAGGUUCGAAGACGUCUUAACACUGGCGGACGGGGAACGUAAUGGGAGCGCCGUGGUCACGGGCCCGGUGCUAUCGUCGUCGUCGUCGUGCACGGUGCCCUACAUCGGCACCGACCAGGGUUUCGUGUUCGAGGGUGGCGGCACGACGACGUUGCAGCGGGCUGGUGCAGCCGGUGCGUCGAUCGCUAGCUGCACCGGUAGCGGAGGAGGAGCCCUUGGAGGAGUCGGUAUCGUUGGGUCAGUAGGAAACGUGGUAGUAGGGUCAGGGAUUAGCAUGGGCGGAGGAGUGACGGGAGGAGGGAUCGCUGUUGUCGGAGGAGGAAAAACUGGUGGAGGAGGAGGUGGUGGAAUGAAUAAGGAGGUUCGGUAUGCUCCGUUUUCGUCGUCCGUAGGACCGACCGGUUCGGUGGCGCCGGUCAACCUGCCACCGCCGCCUCUACCGCCGCCUCCGCCACCGCCGCCGCCGCCGCCGCCGCCACCGCCGCCGCCCCUGCCGCUGCAGAUGCAGCAGCAGCGUGCCUACUCGAGGUCGAUGACGUCCCUACCGCCUGAGCCGUUUAUGAUCAUGAGGUCGAAGGCCCUUAACCGACGGGUCUCGAUCAACGUCGGUGGGGUUAAACACGAGGUGCUAUGGCGUACCCUUGAGAGGCUGCCUCACACACGUCUAGGCCGGCUGAAGGAUUGCAACACCCACGAGGCGAUUACCGAACUUUGCGAUGAUUAUUCUCUUAUCGACAACGAGUAUUUCUUCGAUCGCCACCCCAAGUCCUUUAGUUCCAUCUUAAAUUUCUAUCGUACCGGCAAGCUGCAUCUCGUCGACGAGAUGUGCGUACUGGCGUUCAGUGACGAUCUCGAGUAUUGGGGCGUCGACGAGCUCUAUCUCGAGAGUUGUUGCCAACACAAGUACCACCAGAGGAAGGAGCACGUGCACGAGGAGAUGAGGAAAGAGGCAGAGUCACUAAGGCAAAGGGAAGAGGAAGAAUUCGGCGAAGGACAGUGCGCGCAGUAUCAGAAGUGGCUGUGGGAUCUAUUGGAGAAACCGACCACGUCCAUCGCUGCAAGGGUGAUAGCUGUGAUAUCAAUACUCUUUAUUGUGCUUUCGACGAUCGCACUAACUCUCAACACCAUUCCUAGUAUGCAAGUGAAUGAUGAGAAGGGGAACUUUCAAGACAAUCCGCAGCUCGCCAUGGUGGAGGCUGUGUGCAUCACAUGGUUUACCCUCGAGUACAUGCUUAGGUUCAGUGCCUCGCCGGACAAGUGGAAGUUCUUCAAGGGUGGUCUAAAUGUGAUCGACCUGUUGGCAAUACUGCCGUACUACGUAUCUCUGUUCCUGGUCGAGACGAACAAGAACGCGACCGACCAGUUCCAGGACGUGCGCAGGGUAGUGCAAAUCUUUCGUAUAAUGCGGAUCCUGAGGAUCCUGAAGCUGGCCCGCCACUCGACCGGGCUGCAGAGCCUUGGCUUCACCUUGCGUAACUCGUACAAGGAGCUGGGCCUGCUGAUGCUCUUCCUGGCGAUGGGCGUCCUUAUAUUCUCGAGUCUUGCCUACUUCGCUGAGAAGGAGGAGCCCGGGACCAAAUUCAUAAGCAUUCCAGAAACCUUUUGGUGGGCGGGCAUCACGAUGACCACCGUCGGAUACGGCGACAUCUACCCCACGACCCCGCUCGGCAAGGUGAUCGGCAGUGUGUGUUGUAUAUGUGGUGUCCUGGUAAUCGCGUUGCCCAUUCCCAUUAUCGUUAACAAUUUCGCCGAGUUCUACAAGAAUCAGAUGAGACGGGAGAAAGCCCUCAAGAGGCGAGAGGCUCUUGAAAGGGCAAAGAGGGAGGGCAGCAUCGUUUCGUUCCAUCACAUCAACCUGAGGGAUGCCUUCGCCAAAAGCAUGGAUCUCAUCGAUGUCAUCGUCGAUACUGGUCACAAUAUGUCCGGCGUGGAUGGUAACAGCACCGAGGGAGAAUCCGCGUGCGGACGCGGUCCUGCCCAGACCGGGCCAGGCUGUUAUCGUAACUAUGAGCAUUACAGUCUCUCGCGACAUCGGCGCAGCGCCUCGUCCUGCUUCCCAAAUUUGCCUAACGAUCUGCCGACCACACCGGACAGCCCGAACCGUCGUCUCCUGGACUUUGCUCAGAGCGUACCCGGAACUCAGAACGACGAUUACUUUCACGACGAUGUACCGGCCCAGCACGUGAACCAAGGCAAUACCACACCUAGCGAUGAAGAGAAAAAAGACAGCAGAAAAUUCGAGAAAAAUGAUGAAAUACCUAGCGAAUUCGAGUGUUGCUUUUGUACUACGAAGGAAUACAAAGAGUUCAGAGACGCGGAAGAUAUAAUGCCACUGGCGACCAGCGACUUUCGUAAUCCCAUCUGCCAAGAGAUGAAGUCGAUGCGAUCCGGAGGAAUCAUGUCGAUGGAGCCGGUCGCGCAUCAGCAGAUCUUCGCCGUGGAAAUGAAACCAUCCCCGGCACAACCGGUGGAUGUCCCCAGCUUUGGCAGAACGUACAACGAGCAAGGAAGCGUAGACAGCUCUGAUACGUAUGCCAGCUGUCAAACGCAUCCGUCUCAUUCGCAGGUUUCUUCUGCUGGUCAUUCGGCGGAUAACAAUAAGGGCGAUUUGACCGAAGAAGCAGACAGUAAUCUGUACGUGAAUCCACUGGAAGCUGCGGAGAAGUGUGAAAAUAGAGUGAAAAAGUCCGCUUCCGGUGAAGUCGGACGUAACGUCAGCGACGCGUCAGCGAGUGUUGAAUCGUUAAAGGACGUUCGUCCCUUUAACGAGGGUAGCAGGGUUACGUUAAACGACACAGUGCCCAAGCAUAGAAAAAUUCGCAUUCAGCAGAGCGUAAGACCACGCGCGCAAUUUAUCAGCGACCAGGAAAGCAUUGUGGCUCGUAGCAUGACGAAAGAGGAAACCAUGGAGAACAAUUACUACGGAGGACUACGAGGAGGCAAGCCAUUUACCACGACCAACAGCAGCCUGGUCUCGGCUACGAGAAUUAUACAUCAUCAUUUGUUCGGCUCUGGCAUUGGACCCAGGCAUUACACAGGUCAUCGAAGGCAAAUUUCAGGAACGAACACCGACAGCAAGCUUUCCCUGUCCGCUGAUUCGAUAGACAGCGAGGGCGUGCCUUUCAUAGACAGGCAGCGGGUCUCCAAGUCGAUACUCAAGAAGUCCGAGAGCAGCAAUAAUUACUACAGCAACGCCGGUGACUCGGACACCGAGAAGCUUAUCACCGAUAACGCGUCGACCAUAAGCAUGUGCGACAAUGAGACGAGCACAUGCGACGUUUUCGCCAAUGUGAAUGGAACGAGAUUGAAACAGCCUGGCUCGCCGUUGCUUUCCAGACAGGUUCUCGAGUCGAUCUUCCGCACGAACAAUAACGUCGAGAGGGAGAACGAAGUGGAUCAAAGCGAAGAAAGGAACUGUGUUUCCAAGAUGAGCAGAUCGAUAUUCGACGAGGUCCUCGAAGAAGAGAAGUGCGCGCAGGACGAGGCAAUGACAGAGAAUAAGAACAAAGAAGAGCGAAAGAAAUCGAGAACGAGGAUAGAGGAGCCGUCGAAGGACAGCCAGACGAUGUUGAUAUGCUCAUUACGGUCGCAUAAAACGAAGAAGUUAAACAUAGAGGAAAAACGAAAGGCCAAAACGGCUACUCAUAGUUGCAAAGGCACCGACACGAAUUGUCUUCCUCAAGAACAUCGUUUCUCGUCGUAGCGUAAUUCUCCUUUGUGUAGCAUCCUCCGUUCUGUGCCGCGUAUACAUAUGUAGAUACGAAAAUGAAUCACUCUGCGAUCACAUCAGUGUUUCUCUUUUAGUAACGCCAUUAACUUCUGUAAUAACAUUCGCACGGUCGUGCAUCUGCGUUUUGAAUACGACGUCAACGUCGUCGUCGUCGCCGUCGACGAUAUCGACUUGGCCUGUCGUGUAAAUACGUCUAGGGAAAACGCGUAAUAAUCUUAAGAGAGUGAUAUACGUUCGAUAAUAUGAAAAAUAGAGACUAACAUAGAUAAUGUAUAACACGAAGAAAUACAUAUUUUCGAGAAAAAAGAAAGAAAAAAAGAAGGAAAGAAGGGUAGAGAAUACACAAUUUCGAAAAGUAUAUAUAUACGCGUGAAGGAAUAUAAUUGCUCCGAGGAUGGUAUUCAAAUGACAAAAAAAAAAAAAAGGGAAAAAUGAUUAAAAUAAAAAUAAAAUAUCGAAGAGGAUAAGAUGUCAGUUUGCAUAGAAUUAAAAAAAGAAGCGAGGGAGAAGAUGUUAAUCAAAGCUUAUUAAAUGAUACGAUGAAAACAAGAGAUACAAAAACAAUGAUGAUAAUUCUAAUGAUAAUAGUAAUAAUAACGGUAAUAGUAAUAACGAUAGCAAAUAACAAAUCUUUAGGCCAUAUGCUUUUCCCUGCUCGCUGAAGAAAAACGAGAAUUUAAUGAGACAUGUAAUCUACAUAGUCACACGAUCCUGUUAUUUCCUCCUUUCGCCUAAUAUGGUUAAAUUAGGGCAGCUUUGCGUGUCGCGCGAGCACUAUAUGCAUUCGAUGACAUAUAGCAAUGAGAAAACACGCAACCGAACUACAAAUAAUGAUAGUCGGGAGAUUCGUCAUCCUUUUUUUUUCUUUUUCUUUUUUUUUUUUUUUGAGAAACGAGUCGUUCUCGACUAAACUCCGCUAAAGUCUCUCAGUGUUGUUCGAAAUGACACGAGUGUUCGUUCAUCUGCUGAGUGUCUUAUGUACAAUUAGAUAAUAAUAUAUCGUUGUAAUAUAUAGGAGGCAUUAGAUACACGAUGUGAUACAUGCCUCGUUGAAAUCAAAACACGAUAUAGUAGGAAAAACGUGGGAACGUAGAUUGUCGGAAAACUCGUUAAUAACUGCCCUUUUUAAAGUUCCGAUUUUCGCGUUUCUUUUCUAUUGAAUCGAUUCUUGAAAGUUUUCUUAUGAUAUCUUUUUAAAGAGAAUAUUAUUGUUACUUGUAUUUUAAGUACUUUGUGAUAGUAGUUUACAUAAAUCAAUUCACGUGUGUGUAUGUGUAUAUUUGUAUGUAUAUUAGUUAAAAAUAUCUGCAGGGUGUUCUAUUAAUUUUAUCGCGUGGUACUUUUUUUUUAGAAAAUUAUUGUGGAUAUAAAUGUAAAUUUAUUUUUAAAUUUCACGACGUUAAAGACUCUUGUAGAUUGUGAUAUAUGAGACUUCUAGUCUAUUAUGUAGUGGAAAGGGUACAAAUUUUGAAGUAGAACCAUCAUGUUUUACUUGAAAGAACAUGUUUUACUUGAAAUAUGAUACUUAAUAAUAGCAGGUACUUUAAAUGUCACAGAGAAUAAUGCUAGUUUAAGUAAAGAAGUUAUUGUAUACUAAUUGUAAUAUUAUUUUCUUCGGCAUCCAAAGUAACAUCUAAAAUAGUUUCUAUUAACUUCUGAACUAAACUACUUAUCGAUAUAAUAAUAAAAAGAACUUUGUUCCUUUGUAAGACAGUGCAGUAUGAAAUUGUUGAACUUGAGUUAAUAUUAAACUCAACUUUAUGUGUAUCUUAUAACGAAUUUCACUUCUGAUAUGAAUGAAAUUAUCGGAGAAAGCUCAACUCUUUGUAGUUUUUGAAAUAUCCAUUAUUAUUAAAAAUAUCGUUAGUAUACAAACUUGAAAAAGUGAUGAAAAUUUGCUCAUUGAUGUAUUUAAAACUUUGAUGGCUCGCUGCGUAAAUACUGUACGUCCACUUUUCGUGGAAGAGUUUCUAUUCGCAACAAAUAGUUCUUGACUGUUUCCUUAUGCCGUAUAAAAAUCACAUUCAUGUCUGCUUACAUAGAUUUGUCGGAAAUAAUAUUUUUGCUUAUUGUAUUUAGCGUAUAUAGAGAUAUUUUCAAGAUCCACCCCUGUCGUUUCAUGUUCCUAAAAAUGAUCAAUGCGCAAUUUGCAAUCAAUCUUACAAUAGUAUCGAUAAAGAUAAAUACAAUGCGAAGAGUACUUAUUUAAUGAUAAAGCUCCAUUGAAUUUUUAAAAUUGGUUUUCUCGAAUACGCUAAAAAUGAACAAACGAUAUUUAUGCAGUAAACCAUCAAUUUUAAUCCUGCUUUCUACCUACUUCUCCCUUGAGUUCUCGUUUCUACUGCGUAGAGUAUACACCAAGACCUCCUUAUUCAAUGAAAUUGAAAAAGGGAAAUACUCGUUUAUAAAACGUACAGUUUCGAGUAAUAGUAUAAUUAGAAGAUAACACGUAACCCGAAGUUACUGGAACAUCCUGCGAUACAUUUGAAAAUAAAUCCACUUGCAUCGAGGUUCAACCGAGGUUUUCCUAUGUUCAUUCUCGUUUAAAUGACACGGAACUUCACUUCCAAAGAGUUGUAUCUACCUGACCACGUUUUCCACGUAGAACACACACACACACACACACACACACACACACACACACAUAUAUAUAUAAGUAUAUACUUUAUAUAACGCAAAUAUCGCAGUGGAACCAGAAGCGCUUACGUGCACGACCAUGAGUUCAGUUCGGUCGUUUUUAAGAGUUGAAGAAAAAGUGUACUUUUCGCGUAUGUUAUAGAUGUUAAAUCAAAAAUGAAAAAAGAAAUAAAAAUGAUGAAACGUGUUAACAUGCUCAUGUAGAGAAUAGCCAGAGCGCAAGUAUCGUCUGUGUUAUAUCCAGGUACCGAUGUCUAGCCGCGGUAACAAUCAAAGUUUUCCAAGAAACUUUUACACCAUCGUCAUCGAACGCGACGAAAAGAAAUUUUAAAUCGAUUGUCUUCGCCGAAAAAUGAAGAACAUCAUGUAACAUUGCAACGCGCAUUAUUUACGAGUGUAAUUACGACGCGUGCUCAAAACAUUCGAUCGCCUCAUUUUUCCUACUAAUGGUGAUCGUUCUCUAUUUUGUUGCCUUUCGUUCUAACAGGGAGAAGCGAAAUAAGUAGGAAAUCUUCCGUUCGAAUCUCGCUGUAAUUUAGUCAAAGUAACAAAGACGCGUUCUCCCCUCCAAAAAAAAAAAAAAAUUCGGACGCCUCUGUUUCGCUAUAAUUAGCGACCGUUCCGAUCUUUACUUUCUUUUUCUUUUUUCGUUUAUGCUUCCUUUAAUUUUAAUCGGGAGAAGCGAGACAAAUGAGAAAUCUCCCGUUCGAAUCUCGCUGUAAUUUGGUCAAAGAAAGAAAGACGUUCUCUCUUAGAUUUUUAGACGAGCCGUCAGUAAAAAUACAUAUCUCUAUAAUGGCAUUUCUAUUCAUUGUUAUCGUAGAUGUAGGGAAACAAAGUAAUUGUACAGUUGCAAAUUAACUGGGGGGGAAAAGGAAAAAAGAAAAGAAUGGUUAAUAUUCCCCAUAGACGCGUCUAUUUGGGGAUCUUUGUUAUGCCGAUGGUCCGAAGUUCACGCCUCGACUAUUUUUUAAUAUAUUUAUAAUUGUUUUCGAAUACGUAUAUGAAGAUGCUUCUCAUGAAAGAAGCAUUUCAAACCAUCCGAAUAGAUCCAUCUGAUUUCACAUUUUUUCACGUGAAACUUUCGUCUUCGUCAAGAAAUAACGUAAGCUAUUCGAACCGUGAUCUUUAGCGAUAAUAACUUGUAUUACGCGAUAAUCGUUGUGCGUGUAAUACGUAAAAUACAUUUACCGUUCCACAUUGUUACCGCGAUAUAUUUAUUUAUGAGAGAGAGAGAGAGAGAGAGAUAUGAUCAUCGUAUCCGACUUUAAGGGAUUUCUCGUUUUUUCUAAGAAUUACGAACAAACUUGUUUUAUGUACUUGUUAUUCGAAGUUGGAUCUCGAUACCUUGUAAUCGCUUGGAGUUUCUGAGUAAAUCAAUGUCUUCUGUGAAUUAACAUAGCUGGAAGUAGAAAGUUCCUAGGAAAGGUGUACAGAACGUGGAUUUAUUAUUUAUUGUUGUAAUUAUAUCUUAGAAGAAUUAGCAUCGACAUAGUACAAAAGGGAAGGCCACACCAUAGACACGCGGUGGCAACGAGACAAGUUGACCAGAUUACAAAAAAGAGAAAAAGAAAAAAAAAAUAGUAUGAAAGAGACUUGAAACGGCUGCACAGUUGCGUAGAUCUUGAGCGAUAUACGAGAGCAGUACGGCAAGAAAAAGACAUUUUUCUUUUCUCCGUUUUUUCACUUUUCGUUUCACGUUUCGAAAUUUGUAAUACUUCGUAUUAAGGCUUAAUUUAAUGGAAUAAGUCUGACGACCGAGGCGUAACGCUUUCGCAAAUUGAUAUAAGAUAUUGUAAAACGUAAACAAUGCAAGAUAACUUUUUAUCCACUUUUUUAUCGAAUAAUCGAGGAAUUAUAAAGGUUCGAUUAAUAUAUAUUUACAAGAGGAUAAUACCGAAAUUUCAAACAUUUCCUAAAUCGACAACAAUUUUUCGUCUACGCCUCAAGCCACAAUAUCGACAGAUCAAGUCUGUCUGUCUAUUCGAUCCAUGAAACAGCUACUAACGAUACCAAUUGUACAGCACAUAACAGUCAAUUCUCAAUUAUACAAUGCAGUUAUAUGAAAAAUUCAUUAUCAUAAUAUCGACCUAAACAUCGACGAGCGCAAAGUUAAUCGGAUUUAGUCGAUUGGUCACGUACAUUCUUUUAUUUUCGAAUCUCUAAGGCCUAGAGUCGCGUAGCUAUAAGGCGAGUAGUAUGUAACAAAAUGAAUAAAGUUGUAAUUUGCCAGUUUUUGUUCCUUA